GUUACUGAAAUUUUUAGAUGGACUUAUCACAACUGGCCUUGAUUUCACAAUGCAAAGAUGAAUGUUCGUUGACGCAUGAACAAGUUGAUGAUGUGCCCAUCGAAAUGGACCCUCAAAAUGGAACAUACAGAUUGGUACAAUGUUACUUGUUUGAUCAAUAGGUUCUGUGUUGCCUGAGGAUGUCGGUUUUUGGGGGUCUUAGUCACUAAUCUUUCCAAGUAGACUCCCAGUAAUUGUGUUGCUAAUAUUGUCAAAGUUGUUAAGCAACAGACGAAUGUGACAUGCCAAUCUUGCCCUGCUAAUGAAAAGUAAUGUUAUUGCAACUGAAGAAGACGUGUGAAGAAGGCGCUUAUUGGGGAACUGUGGCCGGAGUUUAUGUGGGAAUGGAGUAUGGAGUAAAGAGGAUUCGUGGCACCAGAGACUGGAAGAAUGCCAUGAUUUGCGGUGCGGUGACAGGUGCUAUGGUAUCUGCAGCCAGCAACAAUAACAAAGACAAAAUUGUGGUGGAUGCCAUUACGGGUGGUGCAAUUGUAACUGCAGCGGAGUUCCUCAACUAUCUCACCUGAACUGAUGUUUCUAAAAUUCUCAUUUUGUGUCUCUGCUCAUUCUGAGGAAGAAUUGUCUGGUCUGUUUUUCUUGUGAAUUUGUAAGUUUGUAAUACAAACGUACUGAAUGCUAAUAGUCAAUCGAGGUGUUUUUUUUUUCAUUCCUUUCCUAGCCAAACAAAUAAAAGGGUGUUCUUUUUUACCCUUAUAUAAUGAGUCUUUUCUACGAUACAUCUAUGCGUGAAACAUGGGAACGUUAUUCUUUUCCAGGUGAUACAGUUUCAACCAAGUUGUACAAAAGUGACAAAGAUGCAUUGAAACUUCAAA